UGAAGUGUCAAUUGGUGUCAUUGUUAUUUUGUAAUUUGUUAUUGUUUGCGAAUUUUUCGUGGUUUUCGUGAGAGAAAUAAAAGUAGAGUGCUUACUAACAUUUUCCAGAACAUUUUUUAAUCGACUUGUAGACAAAAUGGAUAUUUAUAGAUAUCCCCCGUAUCAAUACGGACAAUCAGAUGAACUUUCUAAACAAAUGUUUGCCCAACAAGCCCUGUCUUCCGGCCUUCCAUAUCAGCGUCCAGGAACGAGUCAUGAGCCACAUUCCAUGCCUAUCCCCUCUGGUGCUCCUUGGAAUAUACAAGGCGUUUCCUGGGGUUUACCUUCGCCACCUCAAUUAGUACAGUUCACGGGACAACCACAAUUAGAAGCAAAGCCUUCACACGCAAUUCUUCAUUGUAAAAGAAAAAGUUUGGAUGUCGAACCUGUCAUUCCAGCCAAACAGUUAAUAACGGAAGAGAAAAUGGCAGCACAUUUAAGUGGUCUCCAUAUAUCUUCAGACUACACAGCUCAUUCUUUGGCAACAUUGACAGACGAAAAUAUGGAUCUUGGCAUGGAUGGUGCAAUGACUCUCAGUGAAAAACUGAAAGGUCACAAAAUUGUUCUCUCGGAAGAGCUUAAAAAGUUACAAGAAGAACCUUUAAUACCUGCUACUCUUAUGGAAAGACUAGAAAAGCCCCACAUGUCUUUAGUUGUGUGGAAACCUCGAGAUAAUAUUUUAGAGAAGAUAAAGGAAGUAGAGGAAAAACCACAUGAAGAAGAGAAGAAAAGACCUGGAGUGCUUGUAAGUGAAAUAUCACCUAUGGAAAUGGAGAUGUCAUGAGCUGUUUGGGAAUAUUAAGGCGGUGUUCACACCAAAUGUAUUAGCAACUCUUUUCAAAUAUCUUUAAGGCCUAAGGUUAUGUGCGCACUAUGCAAUGCCCACUUCCCGCAAUGCAACAGGCUCACAGAAAGUCCAAGUAUGAAUAUGGGAUGACAAUACAUUUUUGUUUGGUAAUUUGCUUCUAUAAUAGUAAGUCUAAUUGUUUUUUUUAUUUGUGUCUCAGCUCUGCGACUUGCUCCGCAUUCCUUCACCUCGCUACACCUAAAAUUGUCUUCUGCUCUGCGACUGAUGCAAUGUUCCGAGCUACCAUCAUUUUUGAACACUAAAGUACAAAUAUCUAAUACCAUGCUGCUUGGAUGUAUGGAUGGAUGUUUGUUAGAAGGUAUCUCAAGGACAGCUGGUAUGGAUUUGAUGAAAUUUGGUAUAUAUGUAUAAUACUGGAACAACACAUAGGCCAACUAUGAUCCUGGAAAUGUGAUUAUUGCCCAUGGAAUAUGUUUUAUUUAAUUGAUAAUUGUGCAUUAGUUCAACACAUAUGUUUGAAAUAUAGCAAAGAUAUGAAACAUAAGUCUAGAGCAGUCUUUCCCAAAGUGGGCGAUAACGCCCCCUUGUGGGCGCUGCAGGUCUCAAGUUGCAGGUUAUAGUAAAA